AUGGCAAAUGGUAUCGCCCUCCCAAGAUCAGCUGGACUUCCUCAUAUAGCAACGUGGUUCGCCGCUGAGGGUUACAACGUAUUUCUCUUUGACUUUCGUCACUUGGGCGACUCUACCGGUUCUCCUCGUCAACUCGUGUCGGCAACCAGACAACAGGAGGACUAUCUUAGCGUUUAUCGAUAUGUCAGAGACCCCAAUCAACAUCAAAAUCUCUUUGGUCGGCGUACACUCGAUCCCAACCGCGUAGUCUUAUGGGGAUGGAGCAAUGCUGGUGGGCACGUAUUGUAUCUUGCCGGUCGAAGCGAUAUCCCAGCCAUCUCAGCCGUCAUUGCCAUUGAUCCGUUGUGCGAUGGACUAGGAAAUACUCUAUAUCACCUUCGCAAGUUUCCAUUUGGCCUUAUGAGGAUUGCACAUAGAAUUUGUGGCGACCUGUUUGCUUCUCUUAUGCCUGGGGUUGGCACCAUAUCAGUGGCAGCGUUUGGGCCUGGUGGUAUCUUGAGUUCUGAAGAGGCUGUACGAGGAGCGCGACAGAUAACACCGGAAGAUGGGCCCCAGUUCGUGAACAGUAUAGCAGCUCGCUAUGUCUUUGAUAUGCUUUUCAAUCGAGCCAGUGGUGCUUCAGUGCGAUGUCCAAUUUUCGUCUCAUGGUCUCGAGAUGGGGGAGAUGGGCUGAUUCCGAGGAAAUAUCACCAUGUGCGCUUUGCGGAGGAUGCUCGGGCAGCGGGAGCACUUGUAGAUGUCUAUGAGCAUGAUGGUGAUCAUUUUGCUAUUCACCCAGGCGGGUGUGCAUUCAAGGAGACAGUACUUCGUCAACUUGAGUUCCUUGCUUCAACAGUAGGAAAAAUACCGUAG